UCCCUCCACCACUACAGCUCUCUCUUUGUCUCUCUCUCUCUCUCUCAUAUACACAUCUUCCGUCUCUUCCUGAAGAAGUUAGUGACAGGUAGCGACUACAGGAGUCAUGACUGGAGUACUUGGGAAGACCUGCCCCCUGCUGGUCUCCUGUCUCGUCCUCCUCCUCACAGGAUGUGAGGGUAAGGUGGCCCAGGUGGAAGACGUACCGAACCCCUGCGGCCCCACGGGUAUGACACCCUACGACUACAAACAGUUACUGUGUAUGUCUUAUGUUUUCUACGAAGCUCAGCGCUCAGGAAAGCUUCCCGAUGAGCAGCGGCUCACCUGGCGCAAAGACUCGGCUCUUGGGGACGGCUCUGACGUGGGCCUGGAUCUGACGGGAGGAUAUUUUGAUGCCGGAGACUUCGUGAAGUUCCUCUUACCUCAAGCCUUCACCACAACUCUGCUGUCUUGGAGCCUCAUAGACUUUACUGAUGGUCACGAAGCCGCAGGUCAAACAGAAUACGCUCGAGCGACGAUCAAGUGGGCCACAGACUUCCUGCUCAAGUGCCACACUGGACCUUACGAAUUUUAUGGACAGGUGGGUGAUGGCCACAUUGACCAUCAAUUUUGGGGACGACCUGAGGAGAUGACGAUGGAGAGACCAUCCUACAAGAUCGACUUCGAUAAUCCAGGUUCUGAGUUGGCUGGCGAGGCUGCUGCUGCCCUUGCUGCUGCCUCCAUCGUCUUCCAGGAUGUAGAUCCGGACUACUCAGCGGAAGUGCUGGCGGCGGCCAAAGAACUCUACACCUUCGGAGACGAGCGUAGAGAGUACUACCAUGUCUCAAUCCCAGAGGUGCAAGAUUUCUAUAAGUCGUGGAGCGGGUACGGUGAUGAGCUCUGUUGGGGAGCUCUCUGGCUGUACCGGGCCACUGGAGAUGACUUCUAUCUCACCAGAGCCAGGGAUCACUGGGUCGAGUUCAACCUGACAGAGAUGCCCAGAGAGUUCUCCUGGGACUACAAGAUGCUCGGAGUGUAUGCACUGUUCACCAUGCUGGACGAUGACCAGCUGUACCACGACACUCUGGUCGAGGGUCUCAGUCACUUCCAGAAUAACUUCCCCUACACCCCAGGUGGUCUUGUCUACAUUCAGUACUGGGGAUCCAACAGGCACUCCGCCAGCGUCGCCUACAUUGCACUCCUGGCAGCAAAGCUUGGUAUCGAUACCGAGGUGAACCAGGAGUGGGGCGCCGGCCAGAUCGACUACAUGCUGGGCUCCACCCUUCACUCCUUCGUCGUCGGCUACGGAGAGAACGCCCCUGAGAGAGUCCACCACGCAGCUGCGUCCUGCCCUGACCUGCCCGAGGUGUGUGACCCAGAGUGGGCACUGACACAGUCUGGUCCCAACCCUCAGACGGUGUGGGGCGCCCUGGCUGGUGGCCCUGAUGAGAACGACGUGUUCGUUGACGACAGAGAAGACUACGUGCACAACGAGAUAGCCCUGGACUACAAUGCCGGCUACACGGCCGCCCUGGCCGCCAUGAUAGAGCUCCACACCCAAGAAUAAUGCAAACCCGUAGGAGUCAUACAGCGCCUGAGGAAUUGGAGGCAGUCUGGAUUAAUCUGAGAAGCGGGACGGGAAUGGUUCCAGCUUCGAUGGAUACCGAGAGAGUUGUUAGAAGGCAGGACUGCAGACAUCCUGCAGGAGGUGAGGGGAAGAGAGACACACUGCUCUAAUCAACACUGCCUUCUAUGGUUUCGGAAACGCCUCUAGCUUACAUCUCAAUGGAGAAUAUUUUCUCCAACGUCUGAGAGAAACGUUGUAUAUAUUCCCAUCAGAAGAAGAAACAAUGGCGACGACAAGAACAAGAAUAACAGAAGCAGGAACAACUCUAGCGGCAGCAUCAGUAACAACUACAGCAGCAACAACGACAGCAGUAGCGGCCGAAGUAGCAAUGAAAAAAAAAAUAAUAGCAGCAACGACAGCGGCAACAAUAGCAGCAGCAUCAACAAUACCAAGAACGACAGCAACAACAACAGUUAAAUAAAUAAUGGGAUUUCCAAAUGUUUACAACCAGCGCUCAGCACAGAGGUCUCCACCUUCUUCUAGCAAUGUAGUUCUAUCAACUACAUUUUACUUUACUUCUCUCUUAUGCACCGAAAUAAAAUUGUGUUACUUCAAAA